UUUAGUUUAUUUAUUUCCAAAAUGUUCUGAUUUCACAAUCAUACAAAAAUAAGCAGUUCACUCUUAUCUGUUAAAGUCCUUUACAAAAAACACGAUAGUUAUUUUUAUUUGGGCCAGUGUGAGUAACGUAAUUAAACAUCGGACGAUGGAAUAAGUACGAUGAUAAUGCAUUUUACCAUAAUAUAAAUCUCGUCUACGUGUUACAAUAAAUACAACACUUAUUUAGUUCGUCGCAAGAUAUUCUUUUUUAGUAAAAAUGAUCUUCGACUCGAUUUUUGGAAACAUUGUCGGUAUCUGCGUAGCGCUGAUAACCAUUAUCCUAGCUUACUAUAAGUGGACGUACCAGUACUGGAAGAGAAAAAACCUGCCAUAUUUAGAACCAAGUAUACCAUACGGUAACUUUGCCAAUCCCUUAAAGCGCAAAGAAAACUUUGGUGUACUACUCAAGCACUACUACGAUUCUAUGAAAAGUAAAGGGUGGAAACAUGGUGGAUUGUUUACAGCUCUAACACCUAUGUACAUGGUGGUAGAUUUAGACUACUUGAAAAAUAUAAUGACGAAAGAUUUCCAACACUUUGUCGAUCGUGGAGUCUACCACAAUGAAAAAGAUGAUCCUUUAAGUGCACACUUAUUUGCUAUUGGUGGUCAAAAAUGGAGAAAUUUAAGAACAAAAUUAACACCUACAUUUACGUCAGGGAAAAUGAAAACGAUGUUCCAAACGCUGAUCGACUGCAUACCUAAUUUCACAGCGAAAAUUGAAUCCGAUCGUGUGACUCAAACGCCAAUUGAUAUAAAAGAAGCUCUUGGAUGUUUUACUACCGACAUCAUCGGUUCUUGUGCUUUCGGACUAGAAUGUAACACGUUCAAAGAACAAAACUCACCGUUUAGGGAAUACGGGCGUAAGGUCUUCACGCCGACAAGAUUUAGAAUGGUGAAGUCAAUUUUCUUGAGGAAUUUUCCAAACGCAGCUAAAAAAAUAGGAGUGACGUUAGUUCCCAAAGACGUUUCAAGUUUCUUCAUGAAGGUGGUCAAAGACACAAUCGCCUAUAGAGAAAAAAAUAACUUUUCUCGUAAGGACUUCAUGCAACUGUUAAUCGACCUCAAGAAUAACAAACUUGCGAGUGAAAACGGCUAUAAACACGAUGGUAACACUUUAACCAACGACGAAAUUGCUGCACAAAGCUUCGUUUUUUUCAUCGCUGGAUUUGAAACUUCAUCCACGACCAUGACUUUUGCGCUUUACGAACUUUCCAAAAAUCAGGAGAUUCAAGAUAAGGUUAGAAACGAAAUUAACACGGUUUUGGCAAAGCACGAGGGUAAGAUCACUUACGAAGCAAUACAAGAAAUGAAAUAUAUGGAUCUCGUGAUCAAUGAGACCUUGAGGAAGUACCCACCUCUUCCUCUACUUACCAGGAAAUGUGUGCAGGACUAUAAAAUUCCAGAUGAAGACAUUGUUAUUGAGAAAGACACUGCUAUUUUUAUUCCAGUGUUGGGAAUUCACUAUGACGAAGAUUAUUAUCCGGAGCCGGAAAAAUUUGAUCCGGAAAGGUUUACCGAAGAGAAUAAAAGCAAGAGGCACAAUUAUGCUCACAUUCCGUUUGGCGAAGGACCUAGAAUUUGCAUAGGAGCUCGUUUUGGUCUGAUGCAGUCAAAAGUAGGUUUGACCUCUUUGCUGAGAAGUUACAAGUUUAAAGUCAACAAGAGAACAAUGGAACCGCUAAAGAUGAAAGUGAACUCUUUUGUUUUGGCGGCGGAAGGAGAAAUAUGGUUGGAUGCAGAGAAAAUAUGAUUUUCAUAUAUAUCAGUGUGUGUUGAUUGAUAACUUUGAUCUCAGAUCUUUGAUAUUUGACUUUUUAUUGUUACUUUGUUAGAAAAUAACUACACUUUCAAGUUAUUUUUCUUUGUAUGUAAUUAAGAAAUUAAAGUAUUAGAUAUAA